CCUUAUCUACGCAAGAGAAGUUUGUUUUUAAAAUGUCUAUACUUUUUAUUUCUGCUAGCAGCGACCAUUCAAUCUAGGUAGAUAAAACGUGAGAGACUGAGAAGUAUUAAUCAAGUUAAAGUGUGUCGCUAUUGUUACUACCAGCGGAUUUAAAAGUUGUCGAAAUGUUUGCAUCUAUCACUGUAGGUAAAAACAUAAUCCAAAUUUGUUGUUAAUAUCUGAAGAAUACUUUAUGUACGUGUUAUAAUUAAGUCCAAACUCUAUGAAUUGUAAUUAAACGAUUAGGAAUGCAUAUACGUAAACAAGGUUGUUAUAACGGUUUGUAAUUUCGACGAUUAAAAAAAGUGCUGAACUAUAAAAAGAACCGGUGUGGUUGCGUCAAGAAAACAUGCUGUACCUUUGAGCAAUUAAAUCAACUAGGCCCGUGAAAAUCAAUUAACUGAAUAAGUGCCGAAUCAUCUUAGCCAGUGGACUCUAUUCGACUUGACUGCUUGAUUCGACUGUUCCGGGCUGUCUGAUUCAACUGACCCGGUCUGCUUGAUUCGACUGACCCGGUCUGCUUGAUUUGGCUGAUCCGAUCUGCUACAUUGGACUAAACCGGUCUGCUGGAUAACUAUUUUAACAAUUCUACAAGUUUAUUAUUAUUUUGCUAAAGCUGUUGGCCUGAUUCGACUGAUGCGAUCGACUUGAUUCGACUGAUCUGCUUGAUUCAACGAAACCGCCCUGAAUCUACCCCACUGGCCGGUGCUUCAAAUGUCCGUCAAAUCCAGCAUGUCCUUCGAGAGUGAGCAGCUAAACGAUGAGAAGUGUGAGUCAUUCCUUACAGGCACAAGGUAUGUGACUCAAUGUAGUCAAAUCAAAAAAUACCCUAAGAAAUGUCUGAGACUUCCGGUGCUAACUCUGCUGACGUGUUGUGCACUUGUUAUCGUCACCCUUGUUACCUGCAUCCUAAUCAUUGUCUACACUUUCAAACAUCCCUAUACACACAAGCCCAGAUGUCAGGCAAUACAAGAUGGUGAUGCCAUGGAGCUGUACAGGGGAAGCUUGAAUCCUUUUUCUGAACUUCGGGAGGAAGAGAUUCAAAAUGUCGUCGACUUUCUCUUUGCGCAGCCCAAUUUAAAACUGACCCAUCCUAGCAAGGCUGGGAUCAACAGCAACUAUAUCCAUGUGAUAGAAAUGUUUCUUCCGCCGAAGAAAGAUGUUCUCAAUUUUUUCUCUCAUGGGCGUACUCCAACAAGAAUGGCCAGAGCUUAUAUUUUCAAAGGCAACCAGAGUGCCCCAGUGGUAGAAGAAUAUCUUGUAGGGCCUUUACCGAAGCCUUACAAUAUAUCGUUGAUGGCGUCUAGCUCUAGGAAAACAAGCAUUCCGUAUACAUACAGACCAUUCUCAAAAUUUGAAAUAAAAGCUUUCUACAAAGCAAUCGUACCUAAAAUUAUGGGGAAGAUAGCGAGCUUGUUGAAAGAAAGUUACAACGCAACACUCUCGAACUGUGGGAAGCAGUGUUUAAGGUUUUUGAUCACUCCUGUUAGUAGCGGCUUCCUGGAGGAAGGGCGCCGAAAGUCUUGGUUUUGGUUUGCUUACGACAUUGAGUUCUACACGUUGCAUCCUCUAGACUUUCAGUUUCUGGUUGAUACCACAGAUGUUGAUCCUAGCAGAUGGGAGAUACAGAAUGUGUUUUACGCCAAUCAACAUUUUGUUAAUUUGGACGAGCUCUCUUACCGUUACAACGAGGGUACCAUUAACAAAACCAGACUGUCCUUCCCGCAUACAUCAGUGGAGGAGCAGUAUAGUGCUGUGUACCUGCGAGGUGAAGCGGUGCCCAAAGACUUGAAAUCUCCUCCUCAGCAGAGGCAGCCAUCGGGCCCGAGGUACACGGUUAAUGGGAAUCAAGUUAACUACAUGGACUGGAGAUUUCAUAUACGAGUGUCUCCAACUCUAGGGGCGCAGCUGUUUGAUAUUCGUUACAAGAGCGAGAGAAUCAUCUAUGAACUUAGCAUGCAGGAGAUCGCCGUUCUCUACUCCGGACACACCCCCGCCGCCAGCAUGCUCUACUACGCAGACAGUGCUGGGCUUUUUGGUACUCGUCUGCGAGGGAUGAUGCCUGGCGUAGAUUGUCCAGACCACGGUACCCUGCUGGACGUCAUGGCGUACACUUCGAAUGAAGGCGGUCUGAAGCAGUUGGAGAAGUCGGUGUGCAUCUUUGAGCACAAUACGGGGACUCUUCUGCGACGUCAUCGCGCUUACGGAAUGUCCGGCGCGUUCUAUAGCGGCCUGGUCGAUUACGUUCUGGUGGUCAGGGUCUACAUCUGCAUUAUAAACUACGAUUACAUCCUAGACUUUAUCUUUCACAACAACGGCGGAGUCGAAGUCAAGAUUAGCGCCACUGGGUACCUGGCAGCCAGCUUCUAUUACCCAGAGGAAGAAAAGUACGGCACCCGCAUCAGCGACACUGUCGUCGCCGGUCUUCAUCACCAUCUUUUUCACUUUAAGGCCGACAUUGACGUCAAGGGUACGGACAAUCGCUUUCAGACAAUGAAUAUAGGUCACGAGAGGAAAGUGAACCAAUGGUCACACGAUCCCCACAACGCCCACUCCCAAAACUUUUUCAUCAAGGACGACAAACGAACUGAAAAAGAGGCACUCUAUAAUUUUGACUUUCAGCACCCUAAAAAUUUACUUUUUUACAAGAAUGAUCCGACUCCGCUGGGCCACACCCCCGCCUACAGACUUAUACAUAAAGGCAUGACAAAGUCUAUCAUUGAGGAAGACACGGGGUUCGAGCCGUCCGUCUCCUGGGGACGACACCAGAUGGCCGUGACCAAACAGAAGGACGACGAAAUAAGCAGCAGCUCUAUGUUCGCCAUGUGGGACGCCAAGGAUCCUGUGGUCAACUUCACAAAGUUCUGGGAGGAUAAUGAAAACAUUGUAGACCAGGAUCUUGUUGCUUGGGUCACUAUGGGCAGCUAUCACAUCCCGCAAACAGAGAACGUGCCCACCACAGGAACUGUUGGCACCGACUUGUCCUUUUUCAUGGUCCCGUUCAACUAUUUCCGCGAGGACCCUUCCUUGUCUUCCCGUGAUGCUGUCAAAAUAAUGCCGCUUGAUGCGAAGUCACCGUUGUCUGGAGCAGCAGUGGAGCGAUACAACACGACAUUACACUACGACUGCCUGGCCAAGAAAAUUGAUUCGGAACUUUUGACCAAUAGCACAUUCUUAUUUUCAUAAAAUUAGAUGACUACGUUUGUUGAAUGUUGUGUUAUUGUUAAUACAAUUAUAGCUACAAAAUCUUUCAGAGUAAUUGACUUUGUGGUACUAUAGCUCUUUUGUAAUUAUAUUCAUUGUGUGAAUAUAUACAUGCUACAGAAUGUUACUCUUAUAUUCUUUGUGAGAAUAUACACAGGCUACCAGUGAAUAUAGUGAAUAGUUCGUUAGAAUGUAUAUAGACUACAUGUGAGUUUUCAUUAGAAUGUAUACAGAAUGUACGCAAUAUUGAUCGUUGUGUUUCCUAAACCCUGUAUAUUUUAUGUGUGAUUAUAUUCAAUCUAUAUUUUGUAUGUGUCUAAGUGUGAAUAUAUGCAGGUUACCCCUUGUAUAUGUUUAUCUAUACAAGUUACUAUCUCUUAUGUGACUUAUCUGAAUGUAUGCAGGUUACCCCUUGUAUAUGUUUAUCUUCAUAUAUGCAAGUUACUAUCUCUUAUGUGACUUAUCUGAAUAUAUGCAGGUUACCCCUUGUAUAUGUUUAUCUUCAUAUAUGCAAGUGCAAGUUACAUCUUGUAUGUGACUUAUCUAAAUCUAUGCAGGUUACCCCUUGUAUAUGUUUAUCUUCAUAUAUGCAAGUUACCAUCUUGUAUGUGACUUAUCUGAAUGUAUGCAAGUUACCCCUUGUAUAUGUCUUAUCUAAUAAAUAAAGGGUACCUCGUGAAUGUGUUAUCUGGAUAUAUGGAUUUCAGCCUUGUAUAGUCCUAGUGUAAGGUCAAAUUAAGUGGCCAGGUAACGAUUUAAUAUAAUUUCUAUUUAUUGAAUCAUCUCAAUUCUUUGUUUGAAGAUCUUAUCGAUCUUCUUACAAACUGCUUAAUUUGUGAAUCAUUCACUUCCAUCGAUCUGCUCCUUCCAAUGGUUCAAUAUGUUCAAUUGAGUGUAUUGGUGGUUAUUAGUUUAUUAUUAUUUUUUAAAAUAUGUUUUACGUGCAGCACAUGACAAUCAAGUAUUCACAAUGUAUAGUUAUGUAUAAACCUUGUCUCCUUUUUAGUGUGCUAGUUAGCCAAAGAGUAAGAAUGAUUUCUUCAUGACUUUUAUCCAUGUACAGCUUUCGGAAAGAUUUUAUAAUGGCACAAUAUUCUUUGCAUCAAAAAGAAUAAUAGGCUUACAAACAAGUCGUAUUCGUAUACUAUAGUAGCUAAUACCCAUGCUUCGCUACUGUUGAAAUAGUUGGUAUAAUAGGGUAGAGAUGUUGAGGUCAUCUAUUUCUUUGGCCAACGGUUAAUGAGCAGAGUGCCAUGUGGCCAGAGUUGGGUGGACUCAAGGGCGCCCUAAAAAUCCCGAAAUUCUAAAUCCCAUUCUUCGCCGAGUUUCGAACCCUGGGUCUCAGGUUAACCACUCAGCCACCGCGCCCCAUCCCCGUCAUGAAAAGCGUUUUAAAGUCUUUUUGUUUUUCGAAACAUUGAUCAUGGGCAGCCUUGACCUCGGUAGGUUACACGAUCCUACUACCCCGCAGUUCACCUUGGAACAUCUUUCCAAACCAUACCUCUUGCAGUAAAUUUUUUUUUUUUUUAAUUUAAUUUGCAAGCAGGGCGGUUAUUUUUUAAAAAAGUUUUGCGAUGAGCGCCCUUGGUUUGGAUAAACUCCCCCUUUAUUCUACCUACACCACCCCCUUCUUUCAAGCAUUUGUUUACAUAAGAUAUUUACUGAAAACAAAGGCACUAUUGUUCAUGGCAAGAUUAUUAUGUUGUGUGUGAUAGAGAGAGAGAGAGAAUACAAAGUAUGAAAGUACAAGGUUAUAUAUUGAAGCUUUACAUUGUCACAGAUUUUUGUUUACCACUAGCUCAAUUGAAUGAAACUAAAAGAUAUAACCAAAAAGCUGUGGCUAGACUACCUCAGAUACUGACAGGUGAUAUUAAGGACUGGAUUAAUGUAAAAUGUCAGGCUCUUGGCGCUUUAAGAUUUGGUAGUUGUCAGCCUUGCCUCAAUAAUUUAUCGAGGUUCUAAAAAUGUUUCCGAAGUGAUCUAUUAGCAACUUGUUCUUUAUUUAUUUGAGACUGUUGUAAAAAAAAUGUAUCAUGUUCACCGGUGAUUAGUCGUAGUCUGUUAUUUUCAACUUGUGCUGCCAAUCUAACCUUUUUUAUUGUAAUUGUUUUUUCUAACAGUAUUCUAGAAUGUUAUUGACGUAUGUUACCAAAAUUUAUUUAUUAAAAUGUAAUUGUAUAAUUCUGUUUGAAAGUGUGUUUUUUUUCAAUCUUGUCUGGUAAAUGCAAUGUUUUUGCCUUUGAAUAAAAGAUAUUUAAUUGACUUUUUAUAUCAUCGACCAUUUUAAGCCUUUGAAUAAAAUAUUUAUUUUUCUGCCAUUUAAAUGAAAGGUUUUUGAUUUCCAAAACAACUCCAUUGAUUUGUUAUAAGAUCCUGGCUGGUCUGUUGCUAAGCGGAGACACAUAGCAAUGAAUUGUUUGUAUAACUAUUAAAAUGUAUCUACUGGUUACAUCCGGUCUUUUGAUCCUGUAAAAAAAAGGGCAAAGAAAUGUCUGCAAAAUAGUCAUAAGAUGGGAAAAGGAAAUGGUCAGUUAUUAUACAGUGGGGGGGAGGAGGGGGAGAAUUUCAAAAUCUCCCCCAGGCCCCCACUUGAGGGGGGGGGCCUCCUAAUGAAUGUUUUUUACAUUAAAAAUUAAAUAUUACGCAAAAUGCAGGGGCCCCCAAAGAGCCCAAGCCUCCCGGGCCCCCAAAAGAUGGAAAAUGUCUAGCUACGCCCAUGCAGUUAUAACAUUACUAAUACUGUUAAUGUUACUACCUUCUUUCGUCUCUUUUCGAUUGUUUAAACUCUUUAACCGGAAGGGCAUUAGAUUUUGAACUGUAGGUAUUAGAUACUUAUUAAAUAUGUGUAGCUUGUUGGUCAUAAGACAAUCUUAACGAUUUUUUUGUCAUUGUUUGUUGUUAUUAUUUAUAAAUACAAGAAUUUUUAUUGGUAUCACUACAA